GCCUGCGGGUAGUUCUUGAGCCUUUUUCCCAGAGUAGGUGACUUUAAGAAAUGGGGAGAGCCUUUGACAAAAAUAAUUACCAUUUCGUGGGUAUUUACUAUGCUACUAUGAGUCAGAGAUGGCGCCUCUUUUACCUGCUUCAGUACAUAAGCCCUGUUCGGCAGAUGCUAUUACUCUACGCAUUUUACAUGCCGAGAUAGUGAGGCACAGAGAGGUUAAGUAACUUGCCUGAAAUCACAGAGCUGAAAGUACCAGGAGAGGAGUCUUGAUUCCAGAGUCAGUAGGCUUAACUAUCAGUAUGUAGCUUUCCGGUAUAUUCCGGAACUGCUGUUUCCAGAUGGGAAACCGAGGCCCAGAAGUGAAAUUACGUAAUUAAUAUUUGUCAUAUGUCGAAAACAUUUUCUGUAAAGCUCUGUCUUUGCAGACAGACAGACAAAUUACUGAUUUCCUGUUGGCUUGGAUCACUCCCCAGAGAGAGGUCUUCCAACAUCAAGGUUCUUCCUAUCCAUCCGCAGUCAAUUUUCUCUCUCCUUGGACGGCAUUGAGAUUGAGACCAGCCAGCUCUGGUUGAGCUACACUGACCCCAAAGCGCCUCUUGAAGGAGCAGAGGAAUCUGAGCCCCCAGACGAGGUUUGGUGGGACCAGAGCCUAUUAGCUGGCUAAGGCAGCACCCAACCCAGAGCUGUCGCCUUGGAAAGCUUGAUGAGUCAGAGGAAGUUCCUAGGGAUCCCCAGACCUCAGAAUACUGACUUUUCCUCCAUCUCACCUGCCCAGGGUCUGCCAGGUCCGGACUCUUCCUGGCAGUGACCUCUUUUCUCUGAGCUCUGCUGCUCUUUUCUGGUUCCAGUCCUUUUCCCCACUCACCUCUCCCCUGUGAAGGAAGCUGUGUCAUCUGGGAGGGGAAAGAAGACACACGGAGCCGUAUGAACUUGAACCUCAUUGUCUUGAAAUCAGAGAAACCGCACAUCGCUCCUGCAUUCUCAUGUCCUGUGACCAUGUAGAGCUGACCUUCAGUGACAUGAGGAAUGUGCCCGAGGCCUUCAAAGGCACCAAGAAAGGCACCGUCUACCUUACCCCGUACCGGGUCAUCUUUCUGUCCAAGGGGAAGGACGCCAUGCAGUCCUUCAUGAUGCCGUUCUAUCUGAUGAAGGCCUGUGAGAUCAAGCAGCCUGUGUUUGGGGCAAACUACAUCAAGGGAACAGUGAAGGCCGAAGCAGGAGGUGGCUGGGAGGGCUCUGCGUCCUACAAGUUGACCUUCAUGUCAGGGGGCGCCAUCGAGUUUGGACAGCGGAUGCUCCAGGUGGCAUCGCAAGCCUCCCGAGGUGAAGCCCCCAACGGAGCCUAUGGUUACUCUUACAUGCCCAGCGGGGCCUAUGUCUUCCCCCCGCCAGUCGCCAAUGGACUGUACCCCUGCCCUCCUGGCUACCCCUACCCACCGCCCCCACCCGAGUUCUACCCAGGACCGCCCAUGAUGGACGGGGCCAUGGGAUACGUGCAGCCCCCGCCACCGCCCUACCCCGGGCCCAUGGAGCCUCCGGUCAGCGGCCCCGACGUCCCCUCCACUCCUGCAGCCGAAGCCAAGGCCGCGGAAGCAGCCGCCAGCGCCUAUUACAACCCGGGCAACCCUCACAACGUCUACAUGCCCACGAACCAGCCUCCGCCACCCCCCUACUACCCCCCAGAAGAUAAGAAGACCCAGUAGGCCCUCCCACCCUCCUCCCCUCCCCUCGGGGCUGAGUCUGGGGAGAGGGUGGGGGAGGGCCUCGUCCUUCCUCCGGGUUUGAAUAGAAACGUUACCAGGAAGCAGCCUUGAGGGAGGGGAAGGGCCCCCCAACUCGGGAGGCUCCCGGCUUCCCUUUCCCCAUCCCGGGGCGGGGGCGCCCCCUGGCUCCUGUCCUGCUCUAAGCAGCGUCUACCCACGGAGGGACUCUCUGGCCACCUCCUCCGCCACAGUCCAGCGCCCUCGUUUUGGUAGCCACCUUAUCCACCGGGGGGGGGGGUGCGGCGGCGAGGGCCCCCGGGGCCCCCCCAGGCCCUGCUUACAUUCCAUCCCCUCCUGCCUGAGCCUGGCGGUGGAAGGCCCCCUUCCCACCGACUGACUGUCAGCCUAUUCCGUUCCCGGCCGGCCUCGGCCCCCGCUCCGCUUUGCCUGCCCUUCCCUGGCCCGUCAUUGUCGUUGGUCAUCCUGUUGCCACGGGCUCUUGAUCUUCGGAGCUUUCCGGUAGCGGGUGGCAUCUGGGCAGGGCCGCUGCGGCUGGGGAAGGACCCACCCCACUUCCCUGCUAGUUUUCUGGAAUUCGUUUCCUUUGGCUUUUUCUGUUUUCCCUCUAGAAGGGGCUUCUCCGACUCGAACUGGAGAAUGCAUGUCCAUUGGGGGGCUCUGGGUGGGCUGGGGACCAGGCACCUGACCCCUGUGGCCUGGCCUUAUCACCAACACGACCUCUCGCCAGCCACUCAGCCUGCCCUCUUCCCUUUAAGCUUCAUGUCUGGUUGGCAUAUGCCCCUUGGAUGCACUAAAAUUGCUCUUAUUUGCUUCUGGACUGGCCAUGAAGUGAGGAGAUGGUUAUUUAAAGAGAAUUCCGUAUUUAUUUGACACAAAAAAGAAAAAAAUCCAGUUAAUAUAUUAAUGUGAAAUAAACCCUGUUUGCACCUUGA